UAAUUAUGUUGUCAUUUAUAUAUAAUGUUAUGAAAAGUAUUACACAGCAAAAAUCAAUUAUUGAAAAUGACGCAGAUGAAAUAAAUAAUGCUAUAGCAAGAAUCGAAAAUGCUUCCAAAAAAGAAAUACAAACAAAUGAAUAUUUUGAUAAGAACACCAGUUUUAAUACAGGGAAUAUCACUUUCAUUGCCACAGAUUAUGUUUUGGUUGAUAAUAUUUUUUUUUGUGAUAAAGCACAGAUAGCAAUAAAUGAUUUCGAAGUAGGGGAUAGAGUUUUAUAUUCAGCUUCAGUAGAUAAUGAUAAACAAAAGCACAAAAUAAAAAUUAUUUCCAAGAUAGAUGGAUCAUGCGAUAAUGGAGUAUUAAAUUCCCAAACAAAUAUUGCUGAAUCACAAUCACUAACAAAAUGCAUAAUUGGAUACGUUACAGAGCGUGAUAAUCGAUUGUUAACUAUACAACCAAAUGACAUUGUUGUAAACUUAGACAAAGUACAAAUCGAAUUUAUUCCUGUAAUUGGUGAUUGGUUAACAUUAGAGUCACAGGUAGAGAUUAAUGAAAGUUCCUAUGAUUUGAAUGAAGAAAUUUUGGAGAUACAAAGGGUUCAACCUUUAAGGUCUAUGUUAAAUGUCGGUACCAUAUCUAGUUUUGAUCCAAUUAAAGCAUUUGGUGUCAUUGAUAAAGUUAUUGUGUUUAAUAAAACGAUAUGUGAUCCUGGAUAUAUUCCCUGCGUUGGGGAUCAAGUAGUUAGUGACAGCAUUGAGAGUGAUCAAGGAAUGUAUAAAUGGAGAUCACUAACAGUAGCUCCAUUAUUUAAGGUGUCUAAAAUAUCACCAUUAAGCGAUGUUUUUUCAACAUACAACGAGAAGGAUUUAAGCGACCUUUUGGAAAAUAAGAAUUCUAUCAUCAUUACCAAGAAUUUAAAUAUUGAUUUAGAGAUAGAAGAAGAAAAAAACGUAAGAGUUACGAUACAAAAUGUAGGUGAUACUACUCAUGUGUUGCUUAAAGGCUGUUUUACGACGAAGGCAGCUCAGUCUCAAUUAACAUUAGUUCAGCCAAGUACUGUUAAUGCAGUCUCACUUGAUUUGAAUCCUUCUGAUACAUUAAUUUACAUAUUCAAAUGUACGGCAAAGUUUGUUGGUAUCAGCGAAGAGUUAUUUAUCUUUAAGUUCAAAGAGUUUGAAAUUGGAAGAAUCUUUAAUAUUACUGUUAAACCAAAAACUACAAAGAAUAAGUCGAACAGUACAAUUGAUGAUAUCAAAGUUACCAAAUUUCGUGUGCCAGAUUUGGAUGAAUCCAGUCAAGACACUUAUAUCCCGGGUGUUCGACUUCGUAAACCGCCGUCAUUUAUUAAAGUACCCAAUGGACAUUUUAAGAUUCCUGAACAUUAUUGGAAACUAAUAUUGCAAUGUAUCGACGAACAAAAGUCACAAACGGAUUGUGAAUAUGAAAUAGGAAAUGCUAUACCCAGUUUAUCGAAUAGGCUGUGUUUGGAGACAUACAAAGAUCGUUUUCAUACUUUAUUAUAUUUAGAAGAAAUAGCUGAAAUACUAAAUAUGCAACAAUAUAACAUAGAUAGUGCGGUGAUGAGACGCUGUGGAGAAUAUUUAGUUAUGGAAGUUCCCGGUCUUGCUGAGAAACGUCCAUCUCUUAUUAUUGGUGACAGAGCUGUAGUAUCAUUUAUAUGGGAUAGUUCUCAAGGGAAAUUAAAAUAUGAAGGAUACAUCCAUAAAGUUGCGAAUAAGGAGAUCUUUUUAAAAUUCCACUACAAAUUUCAUGACACAUAUAAUUACGAAGCUUGUCAAGUAACAUUUAAAUGUUCACGAACCUCUAUACAACGUUGCCAUAAUGCAAUUAAUAUGGCUGUACAUCGUCUCGGACAGAACUUCUUAUUUCCUACUAGUAUUACUGAAAAAGAAUCUCAAAUAGAUAUUGAGAAACUUGAAACAAAAAAUAAACCAAUCGUGAAGCCAUUAACUCAUCAACGGACUGAUUCAGUAUCGUCAGAAUCUUCUAGUAGUACGUCAAAAUCUAUGCCAAAACUGACAGUUGUAGAAAGAUUGUUUAAUGUUAAGCCUACCGAACAAGAUACAGAAGUAUCAGUAAAAACUGUUGCAGUGACAAAAGAUGUGCCCUACGAUGAAUCUAGGAAUGAAACAGAUAUUAAUAAAAAUGUUGCACAUGAAUUGAGACAAGAUACAAAGGAGACGCCAACUUCUACUUGUGAUACUAAUUUAUUGUCAUACAUUUCGCAAGUAAAGAAACGAAAGUUAUAUUGGUUUAACGAAAAUCUAAAUUAUUAUCAAAAGGAAGCUGUAAGGAAUGUGUUAAAAGGCCGUGCUCGACCAUUACCUUACGUAGUAUUUGGGCCCCCUGGUACAGGAAAAACCAGUACCCUUUGUGAAAUAAUACUGCAAAUCUUAACACUCAUACCCGAGAGCCGAUUAUUAGUUGCAACACCGUCUAAUAGCUCGGCAAAUCUUAUAUCAGAAAGGCUGUUGGAUAGUGGUGUACUUAGACCUGGAGAUAUGGUACGACUUGUAGCUCAUCACUGUUUGAAUGAUGAUUCCAUACCCAGCAAAUUGUUGCCGUACUGCGCGACUGCAGAAUUAGCAGACGAAAAUUCUAUUCAAAAAGCAAAAUAUAAUGGAGUGGGACCAAGAAUAAAUUGUCCUAUGAGUGUACUUGGUCGUCAUAGGAUUACUGUUGGUACCUGUAUUGCAUUAGGAAUAUUGAAUAACAUGGGUUUUCCUCAUGGACAUUUUUCACAUAUAUUAGUAGACGAAGCUGGUCAAGCAACAGAACCAGAGAUCAUGAUACCGUUAAAUUUUACUCAUUCUGACUACGGACAAGUAAUUCUUGCAGGCGAUCCAUUGCAACUUGGACCAGUUGUACAAAGCAAAUUAGCAAAUUAUUUUGGUUUAGGCGAAUCAUUUUUGUCUAGAUUGUUACGACAUUUUCAUUAUCAACGAGAUUCUAAUAGCUUUGAAACACAAUAUAAUCCAAAACUUGUCACCAGGCUUAUUUUCAAUUACCGAAGUUUACCUGAAAUACUUGAAUUAUCAAGUUCGCUAUUUUAUGAUUCUGAACUAAAAGCACAGGUAUCUCCGAAAGAAAGUAAAGAAGCUAAACUUUUAGAAACUUUAGCUGCCGAAUUACCAGAAAGAAAAGGUUCUCCGCCAGCUAUAGUGUUUCAUGGUGUAAUUGGGGAGAAUUGUAAAGAUAAUGAUAGUCCGAGUUGGUAUAAUCCAGUAGAAGCAACGCAAGUAUAUCUUUAUCUGUUGAAAUUAUACAAAUGCGGUCUUUCACCUGAUGAUGUCGGAAUUAUAACACCUUAUCAAAAACAGGUCCUUCAAAUACGAGAAUUACUUAUGGAAUUGAACGUAGAAUUACCAAAAAUUAGUAGCGUUGAAGGUUUUCAGGGUCAAGAGCGUAAUGUAAUCAUUAUAUCAGUUGUCCGAUCCUCGGCUGGUUUGGUGAAUGAAGAUAUUAAACAUUCCCUUGGAUUUGUUGCUUGCCCUCGAAGACUUAACGUUGCAAUUACUCGAGCUCGUGCUUUAGUCAUCAUUUUAGGAAAUCCUAAGCUUUUAGCCCAAGAUCCGUAUUGGAGAAGCGUCUUAAUAUAUUGCAUAAAUCGAGAUUCUUAUACCGGGUGUAGUUUCGGUUACUCCGAUUUAGAUGAUCUUGGUACGAGAACAAACAAUUUUUUGACCAAUGAAGAGAUUAACAAUUCAUGAUUUGAGUGAAGUAUUUUUGGAAGAAAUCUUUUUUAUACUCAUUGAAGCCUGUAUUGUUCAGUAGUGAAAUUAUAUUUUUCUGUAUCUACAAUA